AUGACACAACAGUUUUCGCAGAUGGGCAUGGCACCGCAACAACAACAACAGCAACCCGCACAAGCCCCUCAGCAAGCCGCCCCUGCUGCCCAGCGUCUGAACCCUCUUCAGCCCGUCGACAUCAGCGUUCAAGGUGCUCCCUUCCAUGUCUCGGAUCUGGAUCUGCCUCCUCCCCCCAUUAUUCUACCUCCUAACUCCAGCGUAACCCCCUCUCCCAACGCGAACUGCCCGCCCAAGUACGUUCGCUCGACAUUGAACGCCAUUCCUUCAACAAACUCGCUCCUCAAGAAGUCCAAGCUUCCCUUCGCCCUUGUUAUCCAACCAUACGCUACUCUCCACGACGCCGAGGACGACGUGCCUGUCCAGCCCGACCAGGUUAUUGCAAGAUGUCGCAGAUGCCGUACCUACAUCAACCCCUUUGCCACUUUCCUCGACCACAGCCACCGAUGGCGCUGCAACAUGUGCAACCUGACCAACGAUGUUCCCCAAGCCUUCGAUUGGGACAACAUGAAGCAACAAGCCAUUGACCGCUGGCAGCGUCCCGAGCUGAACUACUCGGUCAUGGAGUUUGUGGCUCCUCAAGAGUACAUGGUCAGAGCCCCACAACCUCUGGUAUACCUUUUCUUGUUCGACGUCAGUGUCGCGUCGGUCCAGAGUGGUCUCCUUGCCACUGCUGCCCGCUGUGUCGCCGAGUCGCUCGAUCGCAUUCCCAACGCCGACCGCCGAACUCGCCUUGCUUUCAUGGCUGUUGACUCGAGCCUGCACUACUUCACCAUCCCUAACGACGCCAGCGGUACCUCGGACUCGAACAUGCUGGUUGUGAGUGAUCUUGACGAGCCUUUCCUUCCUACACCAGACGGUCUUCUUGUCAGCUUGGCCGAUUCGCGUCAAAACAUCGAAACCUUCCUGGGCAAGCUUCAGUCCAUGUUCCAAAACACUCAGAAUGGUCUCUCGGCCAUGGGCUCGGCCAUGCGUGCUGGACACAAGAUGAUUUCUCACGUUGGUGGAAAGAUGGUUGUUUUGACAGCCUCGCUACCCAACCACGGUUAUGGCAAGCUCGACAUGAGAGAAGACAAGAAACUUUUGGGCACAAGCAAGGAGAGCUCUCUGCUGCAGACGGCCAACGCCUUUUACAAGAGUUUUGCGGUCGAGUGUUCAAAGACUCAGGUCUCAAUCGACAUGUUCCUCUUCUCUUCACAGUACCAGGAUGUUGCUUCUCUGAGCAACUUGCCCAGAUACACUGGAGGCCAGACAUACUUCUACCCGGCUUGGAGCGCCGCCCGUACCGAGGAUGCCAUCAAGUUUGCAACAGAGUUCAGCGACUACCUAUCUUCAGAGAUUGGCCUCGAGGCCGUGUUGCGUGUCAGAGCCACCACUGGACUACGCCCAAGCACUUUCUACGGAAACUUCUUCAACCGCAGCUCCGACCUCUGCGCUUUCCCUGCCUUCCCUCGCGACCAAGCAUACGUCGUCGAGAUUGCCAUCGAUGAGUCAGUCACAAAACAGUUUGUCUGUUUGCAAGCUGGUGUUCUGCACACUACAUGUAAUGGCGAGCGUCGCAUUCGCGUCAUGACCCUGUCAAUCCCCACUACACAAAACUUGGCAGAUGUCUACUCGAGCGCUGAUCAACAAGCCAUCGCCGUCUACUUCAGUCACAAGGCCGUCGAGAGGGCCUUGUCCAGUGGUCUUGAUGCCGCCAGAGAUGCUCUUCAAGCCAAGAUCAUCGAGCUUCUUCAGACAUAUAAGAAGGAGCUUGCAGGUGGUAACAUGGGUGGUGGUGGUCUUCAGUUCCCUGUCAAUCUCAGAGGUCUGCCAACUCUGUUUUUGGGUCUCAUCAAGAACCUUGGUCUCCGCAAAUCUGCCCAGAUUCCUAGUGACCUUCGUUCAGCAGCCUUGUGUCUACUUUCGACACUACCCCUGCCCUUGAUGAUCCAAUACAUCUACCCUCGCCUGUACUCGUUGCACGACAUGCCCGAGACUGCUGGUCUUCCUGACCCGACGACCGGUGCUAUUGCCUUGCCUCCUCCGCUUAACUUGACUUCGGCCAAUGUCGUUCCCUUUGGUCUCUACCUCAUCGACGACGGUCAGACACAGUUCUUGUGGCUUGGCCGCGACGCAGUUCCAGCACUGGUCAUGGACGUUUUCGGUACCGAUGAUAAGAACGCACUGAAGCAGGGCAAGACUUCAUUGCCCAUCAUAGACAGUGAGAUGAACGAGCGUGUACGCGCUGUGGUCGAGAAGAGCCGAGACCAUCGUGCCAAGGGCUGCGGUAGCAUCGUCGUGCCCUCGCUAUAUCUCGUUCGCGAGGACGGUGACCCAAGUCUCAGAUUGUGGGCUCAAAGCCUUCUCAUCGAGGACCGUGCCGACAUGGCUGUCAGCUCUGCUCAAUUCAUUGGCAUGUUGAGAGAAAAGGUAAGCACUUUCUAG